UACAUAUUUUGUCGCAAAGCGAUGUCAAUACUCGAACUUCAAAAUUCAGUGAACAACUUAAUAUAAUAAAAAAUAAAAAAAUGAACAGUCAUGUCGUGUGGACGUCAGGAAGAAUCAAAGCACUGCCAAAAGAUAUCGAUUUUCUUUGACAUGAAUAAGGGCCUUUUUCAGUCAGUGAUUCUUCGCAUUAUAGUGGAGUGCGCCACAGCAAAGCAGCACAAAAGCUCUCGCAGAACAUCAGAGCAGGAAUCAAGCUCGUGCGUGUCCGUCACUGCAUCUCCUGCAGCAGAGGAUGAACUGGAUAAACGAUGCGUUUGCAAUGACAGCGAAGCGCCCUUCUGACGCGCGAUUCCAGAUGCAAAGCCAGCGACUCCGAAGGGCUUCGUGGAAGCGUCAGCGAUUGGCCAUAGGCGCGCUGGCGAGGAACGCGAUUGGACCCACGGCGAGUCAAUCAAGGCCAAAACUCCUCCUCUUUCAGCAGGGUCGGGUGCGCGCGGAGCAAGCCCACCCCAAACACCUCCAGCUGCCCAAACAGAAGACGCAGGAGGAGUAGAGGACUCGGACAUGGGGAGAAAUCAGCACUGGCCCGUCUGAUAGAGAUCGGUGUUUUUAUUUAUUAAAAAAGGAGGGAAAAAAACCCGAGAGGCCUUAGGAGAGAGAGCGAGAGAGAGAGGGAAAUAAUAAAAACAAAUACGGAGAGAAACACAUCCCUGGCACAAAGCUGGAGAUAAAUCAAUGGACUGAAUGAAGACUGCCUAUAACGCCUAUCGAUGCCUGGCCAAGGAUUUGGAUGCGUACGCCAUGAACCCAGAGAUGACAAUGGACAUUGGCAGCCUAAGCCAUGAGCAGGACUUGAUGAGCAGCCACAGCCCCCAUCACAACCGCAAUCCGGGGGCUUCCUUGCGGAUACACCAGGAUCUGACCGUGGCGCCGUCGCGCUCCGCGAUGGUCUCCAGUAUGGCUUCGAUUCUAGACGGCGGCGGCGGCGCAGGAGGAGAGUACCGUCCCGAGCUUUCGCUGCCGCUCCAUCACGCCAUGAGCAUGCCCUGCGACACCUCCCCAUCCGGGAUGAGCGGCACCUACACCACUCUGACCCCUCUGCAGCCCCUGCCGCCGAUUUCCACCGUGUCCGACAAAUUCCACCAUCCGCACCAUCACCACCAUCACCACCAGCGUUUCUCUGGGAACGUGAGCGGCAGCUUCACCCUCAUGCGGGACGAGAGGACUCUACCAGCCAUGAACAACCUCUACAGCCCCUACCACAAAGACAUGAGCGGGAUGGGGCAGAGUUUGUCCCCUCUGGGCAACGGCUUGGGCUCCAUCCACAACGCACAGCAGACGCUCCACAACUACGGCGCGCACAGCCACGAAAAGAUGCUGAGCUCCAACUUCGACGCGCACACUGCCAUGCUGGCCAGAAGUGACCAGCACCUCUCCAGAGGCCUCGGUGGCCCCGCGGCGGGCAUGAUGCCGCACCUCAACGGGAUGCACGGGCAUCCGGGCCACCCUCAAUCCCACGGGCCCGUGUUGGCUUCCAACCGGGAAAGACCGCUCUCCUCCUCCUCCUCCUCCGGAGCGCAGGGCUCCAGCUCGGGGCAGCUGGAAGAGAUCAACACCAAGGAAGUGGCGCAACGUAUCACGGCCGAGCUCAAGCGCUACAGCAUCCCGCAGGCCAUCUUCGCGCAGCGGGUGCUGUGCCGCUCGCAGGGCACGCUAUCCGACCUGCUGCGGAACCCCAAACCCUGGAGUAAACUCAAGUCCGGCCGCGAAACGUUUCGCCGCAUGUGGAAGUGGUUACAGGAGCCCGAGUUUCAGAGGAUGUCGGCCCUUCGGCUUGCAGGUAAGACAAGGUGCAAAAGAAAAGAGCAAGACCCGAGCAAAGACAGGAGCAAUACACCAAAGAAAUCACGGCUGGUUUUCACAGACCUGCAGCGGCGAACGCUUCUGGCCAUCUUUAAGGAGAACAAGCGUCCGUCCAAAGAGAUGCAGCUGACCAUCUCGCAGCAGCUGGGUCUGGAACUGAACACUGUCAGCAACUUCUUCAUGAACGCCCGCAGACGCAGCCUGGACAAAUGGCUGGACGAGGGGAGUCUGGGCAACACGUCGUCCACCUCCAGCACUUGUACCAAAGCGUGAUCAGGUGACGGUCAGUUUUUUAAGAGGAGAAAAUCAUUCCGAAGGGCAACGAGAGGAGAGAAGCUGCUUACCGGCUCGAGUCGCAGUCAAAACACACCGAUCUGUUCAUCCAAAGAGCUAAACGCCAGGAAAAACGCUGAAAACAAACCAAAGGGUCUGCAUUUCACAUCUACAUUCAUUUCCAGAAGUGUGUGUGUGUGUGUGUGUGUGUGUGUGUGGAGAUACUUUAAACUAUAAGGGUGAAUCUCACAAAAACACAUCCAGGCCACAUUUAAUGCAAUAUAAUACACUGCUAAUAGAGCAUUUUUGUCUUGUUUUCAAGUGCAAAUAGCAUUUACUUGAGAAACAAAACAUAUUAAGAUUUUAUCUAAAUCUAUCAAAAUUAAAUGAGUUUUGCUUUAAAAAAAAAAAUGCCAACGUGAACAGAAAAAUAAACUGAAUUCAAAGGGAAAACAAUUAUUUG